AAAAGCUUUUGCUCCAAAAUAAAUGAUAAGUCGGCCGGUCUAAUUCAGGGGCUCUAAUUGGUAGAAUAGAGCACGUGACCGCUCCACGGAAGCCCUGACAGAAGAAAAAUUAUUCUAGAGAGUAAAGUUGAAGCGUAUACCGAAUACCUUAAUAUUUCUCCUUUAUCAUCAGAGAUUUCUCAACAUCAACAUAACAGACGAAUUUUAAUGGUAAAUAUUGUAAUGUCAUGUGUGAAGAAGUAUGGGUCAUGGGCAUGUUCAAUUUCUGUUGAAUGAAUGUUUUAAAAAUAAUAUCUUUAUUAUUCAAUGACGACUUUAAGGUCUUCCAGACAACAAAUUCCACCUUUGACUGACACUAAAAGUGUUCCAUUUCAUUCGAAUCAAGCUGAAAAUAUUCUGUGUGAUGAAUACUGUUACAAUGAAUCAACAGAUAUUGCCUCCAAUUGUUCAGAAUAUCAAUUGCUGGAACGUCCUGAUGGAUAUGUUGAUUCCCUGAGCAGUAAAUCGCCAUCAUGUGAUAAUGAGAAAACCUUUAAAAAACCAUAUUCAUUAGAUAAUGUGCGAUUUCCCCCAUCGCCAUGUGACAAUCAUCCAACUGAAAAAUCUUCAAAACUAAAUAAUUCAAUUCAAUCGAAUUACAAAUCAGAUAAGAAAGGUAGUUCAUUUCAUUUUCCCUUAACAGCCAAUUCACAACUAACUUCCGGGACAGAUGAUGUAUUUGAAAACAAAUCAAAUUCAGUUUCUGACUAUGCUUUUGCUGGAAAUACUCACUACGAUAAAUUUCUCAAGCCCAGAAACUCUGAUGGUUUGAAUGAAGCUACUCAUUCUAGUGAAUUUAAAGAGUUUUUUUCUUUAGGAAAGCAAAAUAACUCUUUUUUUAGAAAGAAUGAAAGCAAUUCUCCAAAUCAGAUGAAAACAAAGUUACGUUCUAUGUGGAAUAAUGUGAAAUAUGGAUGGCGAGUUAAAAGAGAGGUUAAUCUAAAGACUGAUUCUGCAGCAUGGCUUCUUGGACGUUGCUAUCAUAACAAAUUAAGCGAUGGUACUCAGUUUUCACCAGAUGUCUCAAAGCAAUUGAAACUUGAUCUUUUGAGUAAAAUCUGGCUCACUUAUCGUAUAAAUUUUCCAGCAAUUCCUGGAACUGAAUUUGUGUCAGACUCUGGAUGGGGUUGUAUGUUAAGAUGUGGUCAAAUGAUGAUGGCGCAAGCUUUAAUAUGUCACUUUCUUCAUCGAGAUUGGAGAAUAGCUUCAGAUCAACCAGAAGAAUCUAAGCAAGUCUAUAAGAUGAUAUUGCGCUGGUUUGGAGACUCACUCUCGGAUAAUAGUCCAUUUUCUUUGCAUCGUUUAGUCUCAAUGGGAGAAAACUAUGGUAGAAAGGCAGGAGACUGGUAUGGACCAACACAUGCAGCUCAAGUCCUUAGAGAUGCUCUUCAUUUAUGUCGAAAAUAUUAUCCACAACUAAAAGAUGUUUGUAUGCAUGUUGCUUUAGAUGGAAUUGUUUUUAAACAAGAUAUUGAAGAUUUAUGCCGAAAACCAUCUAAAUGCAAACUUCAAAAUGGUACAACAGAGGAAAAUGAAGUUUUGGCAACUAGCAAAAUUCUUCCUCAGACCUCCGAAAUGCAAAAUGCUUCAGAGGUCAAUAUGAUUUUAACUGAAACAAAUAACUUGGAUUUUAAAUCUGUGAAAGAUAGUAUAGAAUUUGAUGAUGCAUGCCCAUCAUACUCCGAAUUUGGUCCACCUAGUUUUAAUACAGCUCAAGGAUACUGGAAGAGCUUGAUUUUAUUUGUUUCAGUUCGAUUAGGAAACGAUAAAAUAAAUCCAUUUUAUAUACCUUGUCUGAAAAAUCUAUUGACUUACGAACAAUGUAUUGGGAUUAUUGGAGGCCGGCCUAAACAUGCACUUUACUUCAUUGGCUGGCAAGAUGACAAAUUAAUUCAUCUCGACCCACAUGCAUGUCAACCUGUUGUAGAUAUGGAAAAAGAAGAUUUUAAUGAAAAGUCAUUUCAUUCAUCAUCAAUUAGAAUGAUCUCUUUCACUGAGAUGGAUCCAAGUUGUGCUAUUGGCUUUUAUUUCAAAAGAGAAGAAGAAUAUCAAUAUUUUGUCGAAAAGUUUCCAGAAAUAACAGCCCCUUUAAAAAGAAACUUGGACUAUCCUGUAUUUGCAUUAGUUGAGGGAAGACGAGCAGAUGUUGAAGAAGUAGAUUCUUUCAAUGCUUAUUCGCGUUCCAACUUUUCUAAUGUACACAAUUCGUCUUGUGAUGAAGACUAUAUAUUAUUGUGAAUAAUUUAUUUAAAAUUAGAUAUAUUUGUAUAUUUUCAAAUAAAAAUAUUUGAGCUUUUUUUAA